AUGCCCAUGACUAGCAGAAAGGGAUCGCUAGAUUUCAAAUUCGAUGUCGCCGCCCCUGCAGGCUGGUCCUAUGCGGCUGGCGAUACCAUCAUUGGAAGUCUCGUCCGCCACACCCCCAUCGUCACACCCGAGGCAACGAUCACACUGAGCCUACUCGGUCGCAUCAAGACCAAAAUCACCGAGAGCAAAUCCAACAACUCCCGCACGCACUACCGCAGCGAGGCGCUUUUGGCGAAAACCGAUCAAGUUAUCCUGUCGCGCCAGCCUCUGCACCUUCCCGAGGGCAGUGGGGCACCCCUUUGCUGGGAGUUUGCUGUCGACAUCCCCACCGAGCCACUCCAGUCCGUGAGGCAGGGCUUUACGCCCAGGACUAGCUUCGUGCCUUUGGACCGCGACCAUCCAGCGCACCACACGCUGCCGGGAUCAUUCUUCUCCUCUCGAGAUGGCAUUACCGUCUCAUCAAGCGGUUUUGUCGAGUACUAUCUCAAGGCUCAGCUUCAGUAUACCUUCAAAGGUUCCAGCAAAACUGUCGAGGCGAUAUGGCCUUUCCGGCUCAAUCGUCCAGUGGAGGGGACAUCCGAGCAACUCUCAAAGCUGAAUUGUCUCUCCAUAUUUCAAACUAUUCAAAGCCAACGCCUACUCCCCGGCAUGCAACACGCAGAUCUCAGUCUCAAGCAGAAGACACAAAAACUUCUUGGUUCUUCGAAGGUGCCGAAGCUUGUGUUCAAUAUGAGAAUAUACCACCCCACGGCUAUCCAGCUUGAUAAUCCAGAGCCGAUCCCGAUUAUUUUGGAGAUUCUGCCGCUACCAGAUCAAACGAGUUCUUCGAUCGAGGACCAAAGUAUCGUGAUCAACUGGGUUAGAAUGUGUCUGCACCAGCGCACAUCCGUCCUCGCGCCCAGUAAUUUUUUCACAGACCACGCGCACGAUGACGAUCACCCGUCUUCGGUGAACUUGAAUUUGGAAUCUGCUUUCCAACACCUUGAAUCUCCCCUGGUCAUGAGCACUGGGGGAAAGGGCGAGAAGAAAGUUAACAUUGGCGAAAUGUUCCAGUUGUUUUUCCACUCAAAUGGAAUGGUUUCUGGCUUUCGGUUCUUAAAUGCCGUCGCGCCUAUUCCUGACUUUACCACUUAUAGUAUCCAACAUACUAAUGCGGUAGAGUGGAAGGUGUCGUACUCUGUUGCGGGAGAGACGGAGACGGUCAAGGCAAGUAGUACGUUGAAGAUCAUCGCAGCAGCUUAA